GCCAUGUCUGGCCGUGGGAAAGGUGGAAAGGGCUUAGGAAAGGGAGGCGCUAAGCGCCACCGCAAGGUUCUGCGCGACAACAUCCAGGGCAUCACCAAGCCCGCCAUCCGGCGUUUGGCCCGCCGCGGCGGUGUCAAGCGCAUUUCCGGUCUCAUCUACGAGGAGACCCGCGGGGUCCUCAAGGUGUUCCUGGAGAACGUGAUCCGUGACGCCGUCACCUACACGGAGCACGCCAAGCGCAAGACUGUCACCGCCAUGGACGUGGUCUACGCGCUCAAGCGCCAGGGUCGCACCCUCUACGGCUUCGGUGGCUAAG